ACCACCUCCCCCUCUCCACGUUCGUUCCCUCCGUAUCUUCCUGCCAAGCGCACUCGUUUUCACCCUCUUUGAGAUGCCCGUUGCUGUACAGAGGGGUCCUAGUGGUAUUGGUGCAUCCACAUCGACUACGCGACGGCAAUCUGGUGGUGAUGGUUCAAAUUCACCACCAAGGAAGAAGAAACCGACGGCGCGUAAGAGUACGGGAGGCAGGCCUCCAAGCCACGCUACGAGACAACCGCGCCAAAGUAAUGAGGGCGCGGGACCUGGACGCAAGAAGACGCGAUAUCGUCCCGGCACCGUAGCUCUCAGGGAGAUUCGGAGGUACCAAAAGUCAACGGAUCUGUUACUUCGGAAAUUGCCCUUUGCUCGAGUCGUGCGCGAAAUUGCUAUGGAUAUGACAACGGACAUGGUGGACUAUAGUACUGGUGCAGGUCUUCGAUGGCAGACUUCUGCUUUGCUCGCUUUACAAGAGGCGACUGAAGCAUACCUCGUUCAUCUCUUUGAGGAUGCUAACUUAUGUGCCAUUCAUGCGAAGCGCGUAACAAUCAUGCAACGGGACAUCCAGCUAGCGCGACGGAUACGCGGGCCUUGGGGAGGUAUGGCAUGAACUUUGAAUGGUCUCUUCCUUACGAAACCCGUGAUGUUGGCACUCGCUUUUUUUGGCUUUUUUGACGUUGUUUAUCACUACUACCAAUUAUCCUCGAUGUUUAUUAUCUUAAUUACCCGUACAUCACGAUGCUGCGAUACCUCUCCAAGCGAUACCUCUCUUCAUGUGACACCUUUCGAACUACAAUGUCGAAUCAAAUGUGAAUUAUAAAAUGC